CUCAAACUCAUUAUUCCAACUCUCAUCAACCAAAUAUAUCAUGAAUAAGCUUUUUCUUAGUUUUAUUGUUUUUUUAUCAUUGCUAUUGAACUCUGCUGCUCAAUAUGAAUUUUUCAUAAUAUCAAUGCAGUGGCCACCUGCUCACUGUAGAGUCAAGAGUUGUGUCCAGAAACCAAGCAGGUUCAGCAUUCACGGAAUGUGGCCGGCAAACCAAACAGGUUCUCAGCCACGUAAGUGUUCCAAUGAUCCAGCAAAGACAACAUUAACCAUGGACAUGAUUUCUGCAACAACAUUAGCUGAACUCACUACUUCAUGGCCAAAUUUAGAAGGAGACAAUUUUAAAUUUUGGGAAAAGCAGUGGUUAGAACAUGGAACCUGUUCAUAUUCGACAUUUAACCAAACUCAGUAUUUUGAUCAAGCAAAUACUAUUUGGAAGGGGUUACAACUUUUUGAUAUACUUCAAAAAGAUGGUAUUUCCCCAAAAACCACUUCUCAGAAGAAAACAGACUUUGAAAAGGCCAUAGGUAAGCACAUUGGACCUAAUUAUAUGAUUGGGUUUCAUUGUUCCUACUAUGAGUUAUUAGAGAUUAGGUUGUGUAGAAAUCAUGCUGGGAAUGACUACCAGGGUUGUUAUCGAUCUGGCAAUUGCGGAAGUUCAUUUAAAUGGAAGCCAUGAUAUGAUAUUAGUAAUCCAAAUGUAAUAUGUAAUAUCAAUUGAUAAAUAAAGGAAAUGAAUUUCAUGUUUUA